UCGGGGAUGGCGCGCGGCGCUUUGCUGCUGUGUCUGGUGCUGACGGCGGCAGCGGCAGCCGCCGCCGAGGGCGACGCGUCGCUGUCGACGCGUCUGGCGGCGCUGGAGGCGGCGCAGCGCGCGGACCGCGCCGAGCUGGUCCAGCUGCGGGCGCAGCUGGCCGGCCGCGACCGGCUGCGGGAGGCGCUGCCGCAGCUGGGCCGCGAGCUGCGGCAGCUCAGCCGCCACGUGGGUGGCCAGGCGGCCGUGAGGGACGAACUGGAGGAGCUGCGCGCCGAGAUCGGCAGCUUCAGUCAGGAGGUGCACGCCGUGAAGGCGCUGGGCCGCCCUCCGCCGGUCAGCGCCGACCACACGACCGUGCAGUGGCUGCGUGAGCGGGUGACGUCACUGGCCAGUCAGCUGGCCGAGCUGUCGGAGCGCGCCAACGCUACCGAGCUGCUGCAGCUGCGACAGGAGUCGGCGGACCGCUCUGAGCAGCUGCGGCUCGAGCUGCGCCAGCUGGCCGAGCGGCAGCAGCAGCUGCGCGCGCAGCACGAGGCGCAGCGCAGCCGGUCGGCGCAGGUGGGCGCCGAGCUGGCCGAGCUGCGAGAGGAGGCCCGCCGGCAGCAGGACACCUUCAGCAGCCUGCUGCGCGAGGUGUCAGCACUGCGCCGCGAGCUGCUGCUGGGUGUGCCCGCCGGAGUUUCGUCGGGCGGCCGGCGGCGGCGCCACGGUCGCCGGUCGGCGGGCGCCCGGUUUCGGCAGCGCGUGCUGGCGGACGUGCUGGAGGUGCUGUACGACAAACAGCUGCGCCUGGACGAGCGCCAGGUGGCGGACCAGAGGAACCGCAGCGAGCUGGCCGCCGGCCUGGCCGAACAGCGCCGCCGACUGGAGCGGCUCGAGCGCCGGGUGGAGGGCGCAGAGAGCGAGGGCCGCCUCCUCAGCUGGCGGCUCAACGCCACUGACGGGACGGGCGCGGCGCGCGCGCUGAAGCAGUCCACCUCGGUGCUGAUCCGGGAGGUGGAGCAGCUGGAGACCAAGCUGGACGCCAGGACGGCCGCACUGCAGGCUGAGCUGGCGCGGCUGGACGUGGGCUGCGGUCAGCUGACGACGGCCGUGGACGAGCUGCGCCAGCGCCAGGCCGGCCUGCCCGAGCGCGCAGACAGGCUGAGCCAGCAGCUGGCGGCCGUCUCCCGGGAGCACCAGGUGACGCGCAGUCAGCUGAUGGUGCUCCAGGCCGACCUGCUGACCCUCAGCCUGGACGGGAGUGGCCACACGGACCCUGCCGACCUGACCCUCAGCCCGGACCGGACGGACCCCACGGACCCUGCCGGCGGCGCGGGCACCUGAGCGGCCGCCGGUCCCCGCUCGCCGCAGCUGAGCUGACACGCAGCAGUGCCAACAGUACAAGGCCGGCCCGCCGGGCAGCUAGUCACCGUACGUCACCGCCGAGCGGGCGGGCGGGCGGCGCGGGACGGCCGGCGGCGGAGAACCGGGGCCGGUCAGCGUCACUAUAGGAGUCACACUGCCCAGUGUCACACCGCCUGGGGACACGCCACGGGCAGUGUCACACCGCCUGGGGGUCCCGGAGUGUCACAUACUGGGGACGUGUCUCGGACAGUGUCACACAGUCACACAGCCUGGGGGCGUGUCCGGGACAGUGUCCCACCGCCUGGGGACGUGUCCCGGACAGUGUCACACCGCCUGGGACGUGUCCCGGACAGUGUCACAGAGACUGGGGACGACGUGUCCCGGACAGUGUCACACCGCCUGGGGGUCCCGGACAGUGUCACACAGACUGGGGACGUGUCCGGGACAGUGUCACACCGGACGAUGAGGGUACCAUCGCACGCUCAUGUGGCAAGUUAUAGGAGAGUCAAAAAGUUCAUCGUAGUGUCGUGAGUCGUAAAACAGCUGAGGAUACAAUAGCAGCUCAGCCAAGUAGGUCCGAUAUAUUUAGAUGCUAGUUAGUGAUAGUAUUCCGAUCGUGUGCUGUCGCGCGCGUCUACCCGUACAAGACACAGGUUAGAACCUGUUUAGAGCUUUUAACAGUGGAAUAGCGCUAAGGAUGCCGGUGAAUCCGUUUUGACACCGACGUAGCGUCAGCGUGGAAGUAGCAUGGAUGAUGCCGCGUUAUCUCGUGAAUACAGAUUAUCCUCUUUCUGUAA